AUGAGUAGUAAGAUCAUAUUCUACGAGGACAAAAACUUCCAGGGCCGCCACUAUGAGUGCAGUACCGACUGCCCUGACAUGCACCCCCACUUCAGCCGCUGUAACUCCAUCAAGGUGGAGAGUGGCUGCUGGGUGCUCUACGAGAAGCCAAACUACAUGGGCUACCAGUACGUCCUGACUCGAGGAGAGUACCCAGACUACCAGUGGUGGAUGGGCUACAACGACACCAUCCGCUCCUGCCGGACCUUCUCCUAUACCAGCGGGGGUCCGUACCGCCUUCGUAUCUAUGAACGCCCAAACUUCCAGGGUCAGAUGAUGGAGUUCAGCGACGACUGUGAGUCGGUGCAGGAACAGUUCCACAGUCCUGAGAUCUACUCUUGUAACGUGAUGGAGGGUUACUGGACGUUCUACGAGCAGCCAAAGUACCGCGGUCGGCAGUUCUUCAUGAAGCCUGGAGAAUACCCGCAGUACAGUGACUGGGGGGCCAACAGUCCCAGCACCGGAUCCUUCCGCAGGAUCACUGAUUUUUAA